AUGGCGAGUUUACGAUCACAGUCAGUAAAGAUGAAGAAUUUGACUUCCUCUUCCGUAGACCAUCAGCUAUACGUGCCAGCCAAUUUGAAACAUGAAAUUGCUGUAAAACAUCAAAAUCAGGCCCUUCUCAAUGUUGCUAGGAACCUGUUCACACGAUUGAAUGAUUCUGAUGUAUUACUUCAUUCAAUAAUGGAAGAAGCAAGAAAUUUAACAAAAGCUGAAAGAUGUUCACUUUUUUUGGUUGAGAAAGAAACUCAAGAACUAGUAGCUGUUGUUGUUUUUGAUAGUGAAUUACCAGUUAGAAACAGGGUUCCAUUACGUAUUCCAUUGGGACAAGGUAUUGCAGGCUAUGUUGCACAAAGUGGUAAAACAGUCAAUAUACGUGAUGCUUACAAACAUCCUCAGUUUUAUAAAGAGAUUGAUAAAUCUACUGGUUUUGUGACAAGGAAUAUCUUGUGUGUACCAAUUAUUGAUCACACUGGAGUUGUAGGCGUGGCUCAGUUAGUUAAUAAAGAGGGCGGUCGAUUCUUUACUAACUAUGAUGAAGAAUUAGCUAAGAGUUUCUCUGUUUACUGUGGCAUCAGUAUUAUCAUGUGAUCAAUGCUUUAUAAUAGUGUAUUAAUGGAACAAUCUAGAAGUCAACUAUCAACAGAAUUAAUGAUAUAUCAUAUGCAGGCUGUGAUCAGUAUGAUGAAAGAGAUGGGUCUAAUUCAGAGAUGGAAAAUACCACGAAAGACUUUGGCAAAAUUUGUUAUAAUGGUGAAGAAAGGCUAUCGUAAUCCUCCAUACCAUAACUGGAUGCAUGCCUUCUCUGUGACUCACUUCUGUUAUACUCUCUAUAAAAAUUGUAAUGGCCUACGUCUUUUAUCAGAACUAGAACUACUGGCCUUGUUUGUGUCUUGUCUCUGUCAUGAUAUUGAUCAUCGUGGUACUAAUAAUGCUUUUCAAGUGUCCUCUAAUUCAGUUUUAGCAUCAUUGUAUAGUUCUCAAGGAUCUGUAUUAGAACGACAUCAUUUUUCACAAACAAUGUGCAUAUUGAACUCAAAAGGAUGUAAUCUAUUUGAGAAACCUUACAUCAGAUAGAAGCAAGCUAGUAAGAAAGAAUAUCGUGAAACAUUAGAUCUCAUACAUGAUAUUAUAUUAGCCACUGAUAUUGGUACUCACUUGAAAAUUGUAAAGGAACUAGAGCAUAUGGCAGAGAAUGGGUUCAACCCCUCUGAACCACGUCACCAUCACCUGCUCCGUUCCCUGCUCAUGACAUCAUGCGACUUAUCAGCUUGUCUAAAGGACUGGGAGAGUACUGUUGCAGUUUCGAAAUUAAUAUAUACAGAGUUUUUAGAAAAAGCCAUAGGAGUUGUACCUAGCGUUAUGAUGGACAGAGAUAAGGCCAUACUCACUGAACAGCAGCUGGGAUUUCUUGACAAAAUAGCCAUGCCAGUUUACAAGUAA